AAUGUAAGUUUUUAGAACCGAAGACAAAAAACAGUUUUGAAACACUAAUACGUUUUUCAGCCCUAGCUGUGAAAACUCCCUUCCCUCCCACUCCGGUGACCCACGAGCGACGAACAGCGGUGCAAGGCUGCGACGACACUCCUUCUUCAGCGAGCAACGGUGGUUAUUCUUGACGGCGACCAGAAACCAUAAGGGCGGCUGAUUCCAUCGGCGACGAAACUCUUCUUCCUUUCUAGCGUUCUCCUGUGACAGCCAGCAGAAUCUCAUGCAACGUCCGAUCACCACGACGCUGCUGCUUCUCAAAGCGUGUGGACUCGCCAGUUUUGUGACCGGAGUGGACGACGUGGCUUCUCCCUUUGGUUCUCCUCUUUGGUGACCGUGCGACAAGAUUCACGAAAAUUCAAAAAUUCAUGAGAAUGAGAGAGGAAGAGAUUGAAAAGCUCCGAGGCGUAGUAAGAGAUUGUUUGAGCAAGCAUCUCUACUCAUCCGCCAUUUUCUUUGCUGACAAAGUCACUGCUUUCACUGAGGACCCUGCCGACAUUUACAUGCAGGCACAAGCCCUCUUUCUUGGACGCCAUUUUCGUCGUGCAUUUCACCUCCUCAAUGCCUCCAAGAUUGUGCUCCGUGACCCUCGGUUUCGCUACCUUGCUGCUAAAUGCCUUGAGGAAUUGAAGGAGUGGGACCAAUGCCUUGCAAUGCUUGGUGAUGCCAAUGUGGAUGAGCAUGGCAAUGUGCUUGAUAAUAAGGAUCAGAGUGGCAUGUAUCUCGACAAAGAUUGUGAGGAUCGUGAGAUUAAUAUAGUUGCAGCAACAUGCUUUUUAAGAGGCAAGGCAUAUGAAGCUCUUGAAAACCGCACUCAGGCUCGACUUUGGUAUAAAGCUGCUAUCAAAGCUGACCCUCUAUGUUAUGAGGCUUUGGAGUGCCUCAUAGAAAGUCACAUGCUAACUUGUGAUGAAGAAUCAUGCUUACUUUCAUCAUUGCAAUUUGGUCCUGAAGAUGGAUGGCUCUCAUCAUUUUAUGCAUGCUUAAUAAAGAAGUAUGAUAAAGAAAAUAUCAUUGAAGCGAGAUUCAAAGAACUUGAAAGGGAAACAUGUAAUUCUAAAAGUUCCGAUCCAUCAUUUAUGCGUACUCUGAAAACUAACACCGAUCUUUUAGCUUGCAAAGCUGAAUACUACCAUCAAUGUGGUGAAUAUCAGAAAUGCUUUGAACUUACCUCCGUCUUGCUUGAAAAAGAUCCCUUCCAUUUGAAAAGUACACUGGUACAUUUAGCUGCUGCAAUGGAGCUUGGGCAUUCAAAUGAACUUUAUCUAAUGGCAUGCAACCUGGUCAAGGACUACCCUCAAAAAGCUUUGUCAUGGUUUGCUGUUGGUUGCUAUUACUAUUGUAUCAAAAAGUACGAUCAAUCACGUCGCUAUUUCAGCAAAGCUACGACUCUGGAUGGAACAUUUGCACCUGCUUGGAUAGGUUAUGGUAAUGCUUAUGCUGCUCAAGAAGAGGGUGAUCAAGCCAUGUCUGCCUAUCGCACUGGUGCUCGAUUGUUUCCAGGGUGUCAUUUACCAACAUUAUACAUUGGGAUGGAAUACAUGCGAACCCACAGCUUCAAGCUUGCUGAGCAGUUUUUUGUGCAGGCAAAAACAAUUUGUCCAUCAGAUCCUCUUAUUUAUAAUGAGCUUGGAGUUGUUGCUUAUGACAUGAAGGAGUACAAUAAAGCAGCAUGGUGGUUUGAGAAAACUUUGGCAUGCAUUCCAUCUCCUUUGAGUGAAAUGUGGGAACCUACAGUGGUUAAUCUCGCCCAUUCAUACCGAAAAUUAAAGAUGUACCGUGAAGCAAUUAAAUACUAUGAAAAAGCACUUGCGUUAUCGACUAGAAGUCUUAGCACUUAUGCUGGUCUUGCAUAUACUUACCAUUUGCAGGAUCAUUUUACUACAGCCAUUACAUAUUACCACAAGGCUUUGUGGCUGAAACCAGACGAUCAGUUUUGCACCGAAAUGUUGAGUUUAGCUCUUAUGGACGAAUGCCAAAAUUGGAUGGAUCCUAAGGUUGUAGAGGUUUGUUGAAGUGAGGUCUUUGUAAUUGGUGCUUAUUCUUAAUCUACAUACUACAAUCUCGUCUGUAUAAUAAUUUUUAAAGGUUGUGAAUUAGGUCGGUUGUAGCUGAUAUAAUCUUUAAUAUAACUUUUUGUGGUAAAGAAGAAUUCAAAAUAUUCUCUGCU